GAUGCAGCUUCCGUUCGAGAAGUCACCACCGCAGUAUGCGGAUUGCGGAACUUUCCUCAGAUGAGGAUGAAGAGGAGGAUGUAGUAAAGGCAGGUUGAAGUUGACACAACGAAGAGGUGUGAACGCGAAUUUUGCAUUCGUUUAACUCGGCCGCCUACGAUUCGCUCGACGAAGCCGAGCUUUUCAGAUGACGCCUGCUGACGCACUGGUGGGAGAGGACGAUUCAGGCGCACGAGUACUUGCCGGAGAAGGGCAUCUACUACGCAGGCCGUCUGCCACCAGCAGCUGGCGUCGCAGCCGCCGUUAGCAGCUAACUCGCUAAUGUAAACAGCAGGCAUAAAAAUUCUUGCCCUCCAACACACACGAUUAGCUGACACAGUUGCCUGUUGAUCAGCUCCAGGAACCCCAGUCAGAGACUGCCACGCCCACUGUGUGUCAUAAUUCACUGGAAUGGGUUCAACCAAGGAAUUCCAGAACCUUCAAAAUAAUCAUAACAGCAUAUUUUCACAUCAUACCAUUGGAAUUUCUCAUCUUGGAUUGAAAUCAACUAACAAGUAACCAUUCAUCUCGGAUGACUUGAAAUACAAGACUUGGUUGAUCCAACAUGGAGAAAAAGAAACCGUGCCCACGACUUCUUGACUACUUGGUGGUGGUUGGUGCAAGGCAACCAAGUAGUGAUAGUGUGGCCCAGACCCCUCAGCUUCUCCGUCGAUAUCCACUGGAGGACCACCAGGACUUUCCACUCCCACCAGAUGUGGUCUUCUUUUGCCAACCAGAAGGCUGCCUUAGUAUACGUCAGCGUAGGGUUAGCCUUCGUGAUGACUCUUCGUUUGUUUUUACGCUGACUGACAAGGACUCAGGAAUUACUCGAUACGGAAUCUGUGUCAACUUCUACCGAUCUUUUCAGCGCGGGCAUCACCGUACCCGUACAGACAAGAGUGGCCAUAUAGAGAACGUGACACAAGCAGGGGACACCACGAGUGAGGGGUCUGAUGGAAGCACUGCAGGCCAGUCUUCUGAGUUGUCCCCAUCCAACAAAGCUGACUCGGCUCCUCUUUCUGCUUCUGGGGAGGACAAUGAACCACCAGUUACUGAGCAAAAUGCUGGAAAGCCUGCACAGCUCAGGCGAAAUGCCGCAAAGAUGGCCACCAGGAAUCGCAACAGCACGCUGACCUCAUUAUGUAUCCUCAGUCACUACCCCUUCUUCUCCACCUUCAGAGAAUGCUUAUAUAUUCUCAAGAGGAUGGUAGACUGCUGCAGUCAGAGGCUAACACAGCGUGCUGGAAUGCCCCAUACAUUCCAGAGAGACACCAUGUGGCGGGUGUUCACUGGGGCACUGUCUGUGGAAGAGAAGGGAAGCCAGCUGUUAGAUGACCUUCGGGACAUUGAAUCCUGGAUAUACCGGUUGCAACGUUCACCCGUACCUGUGGCAAGCCAGAGGCGUGUGGAUGUGGAAGUUCUGCCCAGUGAAAUGAAACGGCCCCUCACCUUCGCACUGCCCGACAACUCCCGCUUCUCGAUGGUCGAUUUUCCGUUGCACUUGCCUUUAGAGUUACUGGGUGUGGAUGCCUGUCUUCAGGUUCUAUCGUGUGUCUUGCUGGAGCACAAGGUUAUUCUCCAGUCAAGAGAUUAUAAUGCUUUAUCCAUGAGUGUAAUGGCAUUUGUGGCCAUGAUCUAUCCUCUGGAGUACAUGUUCCCUGUCAUUCCUUUGUUGCCAACGUGCAUGGCCUCAGCUGAACAGCUUCUACUUGCCCCUACUCCCUACAUCAUCGGUGUACCAGCUAGUUUUUUCCUUUACAAAUCCGACUUCAGAAUUCCAGAUGAUGUGUGGCUUGUGGAUCUGGACAGCAGCAAGGUUAAAGCACCUACAAAUGCGGAGAUUCUACCACCUCUUCCAGAGCCUGAAGCUGGCGAGCUCAAGAAACAUCUGAAGCAGUGUCUGGUUAGGUUGACCAUGAUCACCCAAAAGCAGAUCUUCUCCUGUGAAAAUAAGGCCUUGGCGAGUAUGAGUUUGAACACCCAGCCCAUUUUGAACCUUGAGAAGUUUCAGGAAGGUCAGGAAAUGCCACUUCUUCCUCCUGGGCGUGAUAAAGCCUCGCCAUCAUCCACUGAGUUUAACCCCCUCAUUUAUGGCAAUGAUGUCGAUUCUGUGGAUGUAGCCACCAGGGUGGCCAUGGUACGGUUCUUCAACUCUCAAAAUGUUCUCCAUGGUUUUCAAAUGCACACACGGACCUUGCGCCUCUUCCCCCGCCCUGUGGUGGCUUUUCAGUCGUCGUCUUUUCUCGCAUCUCGACCAAGGCGAUCUUGUUUUGCUGAUAAGCUUUCCCACACACAGGCGGUGGAGUUCUAUGGCGAGUGGGCUCUCAGUCCCACAAAUUUAGCCUUUCAGAGAAUACAUAAUAAUGUUUUCGACCCGUCUUUAAUUGGUGAUAAACCGAAGUGGUAUGCGCAUCAGCUGCAGCCAGUAGUUUACAGAGUCUUUGAUGGCGGCUCCCAGCUGGUUGAGGCUCUGGCGAGUCCGUUUGAGGAUGAGAGCAAUGACUCUGACCCCACAGACAGCGGUAGUGACAGUGAGGCAUAUGAUGACUCCAGCUCAUCCUAUUCCUCACUUGGAGACCUUGUCAGCGAGAUGAUUCAAGGAGACAUUCAGGGAGACACACCAAGCCUCCAACCACAUACCCAUGCUGCUCUCGGAGAUGCAAGUGAGGUGGCAUUUCAAGAGUUCCAGGAUUUAAAGGAAGGGUCAGAAGGUCCAUCCGGCGGGGAUGUCCCUGUCGAAACAUCUGAUGGACAGCCCCUUCGCUCAAGCUCCAGCACAACUGCAAGCUCCAGUCCGAGUACAAUAAUCCAGGGUGUCAACCAUGAGCAAGGAGAAGCACCUGAUAGUGAAGCACAAGCCGGUUCUGGUCCUCAGAACCCAGUCCUUGGAGUUGGCAGCCAGCCGUCUCUCAGAUCAACAAUGGAGUCUGGCCCAGCUAUAAAAAAACGAGAGUAUGACAACCCUUAUUUUGAGCCUCAGUACGGCUUCCCCUCUGAAGAUGAUCCUGAUGCAGAAGAGCAAGUGGAGUCAUACACCCCUCGGUUCGUCCAGAACAUCAAUGGCAACAAGGCACAGCGUCCUUCACGCCCGAGUAGUUUGAGGCUGCCUGGGGAGUCUGAUGGAGAAGGUGACAGCUCACCAAACUCAACCAUUUCCAACAGCAGUAAUGAUGGAUUUGGGGGACUGAUGUCUUUUGCAAGUAAUCUUUACAAGAAUCAUGGAACCAGUUUCAGUCUGUCCCAUCUUGCUCUACCAAACAAAGCUGCAAGAGAGAAAACGACACCUUUCCCCAGCCUCAAAGAAUAUUUAAAUUUUGACAUUGAGGAAGAGUUGGACCAAGCAGUAUUUGGGCUAAAUUCUCUAAUGGAGAUAAUAUCAGAUGCCGGCCCGGGGAGCGGAGAAGGUGCACGUGCACCUCGGGCACUUGUGGACCAGAAGUCUUCUGUUAUCAAACACAGCCCGACAGUGAAGAGAGAAUCACCCUCUCCUCAGGGCCGGAUCAAUAAUACAAGUGAAAACCAGCAGUUCUUGAAGGAGGUUGUACAGAGUGUCUUGGAUGGACAAGGCGUCGGCUGGCUCAACAUGAAGAAAGUGCGCCGCCUCCUGGAGAAUGAGCAGCUCCGUGUCUUUGUGCUGAGUAAACUUAACAGAGUGAGCCAGUCAGAGGAAGACUCCAGACAGGAAAUCAUUCGUGAUGUGGAGGUGAGCAGGAAAGUGUACAAAGGCAUGUUGGACAUAUUGAAAUGCACAGUAUCCAGUUUGGAGCAUUCCUACACAAACGCAGGCCUCGGUGGAAUGGCCAGUGUCUUCAGCUUAUUGGAGAUAGCACGCACACAUUACCAAACCAAAGACCCUGAAAAACGCAAGCGGAGCCCCACAGAUAGUGCUGGCAGCCCGGGGAGCAAAGAGAGUCCUUCUGGUCGAAUGGAGGCAGCCAGACCACAAGGUCUUCUGACCGUUCCUCAUCUGCAGCUGCCACAUCACACACCGGGCAGAGGAGCCCGCCAUUUUGACACCCGGAGCCUGAAUGAAGAGAACUUUAUUGCCUCGAUUGAAUUGUGGAGCAAGCACCAGGAUAAGCAAAAAUCUAUGGAAAAACCACAGAGGGCUGAAGGAGCAAACCAACAACGCCCCCAGGUGACUGAUGCAGAGGAGAAGAAAUCCCAGAUAAGUGCUGAUAGUGGUCUCAGUGUCACCUCUGGAUCUCAGAAGAGUGACUCAGAGUCUGUAACAAGUUCCGAACCUCCCAUCUUAACAAGAAGCACCAGCCAAGACUCAGAGGGGAGCACAGUGAUAAGCAAUAGUUCUGGAGAGACUAUGGGUGCUGACAGUGACCUAAGCAGCACAGUGGGAGAUGGCUUGGGUGGGAGAAGUGCUUUACAUUUAGCCCAGUCCAGGGGGACCCUCUCUGACAGUGAGAUUGAAACAAACCCUGCGACCAGCUCAGUAUUUGGAAAGACUCACACACUAAAACCUGGCGCAAAAGAACACGCAUCUGCAAUGGCAAAAGCAAUGCCUACUCAGCCAAUGGAGGACAUCAGCAUGAGGAUCUAUAUUUGUGAAGGCCUGUUGGGCCGCGAUAAGAGCUCCGUUUGGGAUCAACUAGAGGAUGCUGCCAUGGAAACCUUUUCGCUAAGUAAGGAACGCUCCACGCUGUGGGACCAGGUGCAGUUCUGGGAGGAUGCCUAUUUGGAUGCCGUCAUGUUAGAGCGUGAGGGGAUGGGAUUGGACCAGGGACCUCAAGAGAUGAUUGAAAGAUACUUGUCACUGGGAGAACAUGACCGCAAGCGACUGGAGGACGACGAGGACAAACUCCUGGCUACACUACUGCACAACAUGAUUGCAUACAUGCUCAUGAUGAAAGUGAACAAAAAUGACAUCCGGAAGAAAGUGAGGCGCUUGAUGGGCAAGUCCCACAUUGGCCUUGCCUACAGCCAAGAGAUUAAUGAGUUGCUGGACAAAUUGACCCAAAUGAAUGGCCGCGAGCUGUCCAUUAGGCCUUGUGGAAGCCGUCAUAUCAAGAAGCAAACGUUUGUUGUGCACGCUGGUACCGAUACAACUGGGGACAUUUUCUUCAUGGAGGUUUGUGAUGACUGCAUAGUCCUUCGCAGCAACAUUGGCACCGUGUACGAGCGCUGGUGGUACGAGAAACUCAUCAACAUGACUUACUGCCCCAAAACCAAGGUCUUAUGUCUUUGGAGACGUAACGGCCAAGAGACUCAACUCAAUAAGUUCUAUACCAAAAAGUGUCGUGACCUCUACUACUGUGUUAAAGAUAGUAUGGAAAGAGCUGCAGCUAGACAGCAAAGCUCCAAACCAGGUCCAGAGCUCGGUGGAGAAUUUCCUGUCCAAGAUAUGAAAACCGGUGAGGGAGGAUUGCUGCAGGUCACUUUGGAGGGAAUUAACCUAAAGUUCAUGCAUAGUCAGGUUUUCAUAGAGCUGAGUCACAUAAAAAAGUGCAAUACAGUGAAGGGAGUCUUUGUCCUGGAGGAAUUUGUUCCUGAAACUAAAGAGGUGGUGAUCCACAAGUACAAGACCCCCAUGGCACAUCAGAUCUGUUACUCGGUCCUCUGCCUUUUCUCCUACGUGGCAGCCGUGAAGGGGAAGGAGACGGACGGGAAAGCCAAGAUUCUAUCGCCACGUCCACUCCCGAGCUAGUGCACCCUCUGCCGCCGCCCCCCCCCCCCCUCCCCUCCCAUCCCAUCCAUCUGUCUCUACUUGAGUUCCAACGCCACAGACAAUCUCUCAGUGACAUGGAAGCACACAAGUCAGUGUAAAUAUUGGCCUGUUUUAGACCCUCCGUGAUCUGGUGUAAAUAUUUGUUGCAAGGAGGUUUGUCCUCGUCUGUUUUCAGUCUUCUACCCUGCAACCAGAUGGUCUUUGAGAACCUUAGAGGAACCGAGUGCAUGCGUCUCCCGUGCUCACAGCCCUCCCCUCAUUGAUCUUAGUGUGAUUGUGCGCUUAUUUAUUGUGACGUGGCUCUCUGCGAACACGUGCGCCGCUAAGCAUUGGUGUUCUCCUGCCCUUAGCUCAGCCUGCCUGGCUGAUUUGCUGUUCAAGUUCCACUGUAACCUCGUCUGUGCUCUGCUGUUGAUUAAUAGCAUGUUACUGUGACCGUCCGGGAAUAAAUAUUAUAUUUAUAGUAUUUAUUUAAGAUAUACAUAUUGCUGUAUCUUUCUGCAAAUAGCCAUCAAUAUUGACUUACCGGUACAUAAAUGUGCAAUAAGACCUUAUUUGCCAUUUCUUAUCUGGCUUUCACAGAGUUGACUAUGUCAAUGUGAACGAAAAUUUUUUUGUCGAUCGAUGUGAUAUGACGCCCGUGUGAUGUGAUUGUUUGUCUCGUCAACGUGCAAAGCGUGUAAUCGUAGGUCGGUCACACGAUAGAAAACCGCUUCACAAAGUGAUGAACAUGACCGUCAAACUCGAGACCCCCAGAUUAAAUAUGCUGUUGAUUUACAAUUUUAGCCUUAAAACGGUUACCAUAAGGCCACAUUGCAGUCGGUAGAGCGAUACAUACUUGAUUCUUCCAAAAAGGAAGUUCACGAAGAACUAACUAAUAGAGGUGAAUCUUGAAGAUGAUUGCUCAUCCUCAAUGUGCUGUGUGUGUGUGUGUGUGUGUGUGUGUGUGUGUGUGUGUGUGUGUGUUUGCGUGUUCAGUAAUUUCUCCACAUCCAGCAAUACAUUAUUUGUACAAGCUUGUAUUUUUGAGCACAAGACUGUAUACAAGUGAAUAAAUAGGAAGUGCUACUCAUUCCACCUCUUGUGUCACAAUAAUCCUCAAUCCAAAAUUCAAAGCAUUGAGGAUCCGUGGAUAUGUCAAACUGUCAUUGUGUUGGCUGGCUACUGUCUUGUGAGUCAAGAAAUGCCAAAUGUAAGUAUAUUCUCGUCAUUGGAGUAUUUAUAAAAAUGUGUACAGCUUUACCCAUCUAAUAAAGUGGUCCAAAAUAGA